AUGAGUGUGUCUUCGGCCUCUGGCCCCUCGUCCAGCUGGGACUCGCUGGAAAGCAGCAUCAUAGAUUCCUACUACAGCUGGUCGUCUCCAGACCUAGCUGCUGUCAAAAGAAAUCCAAGCACAGACAGUAUUCCGAUCAUCUCGCACUCCAAAUCCCAGCCCAGUCUUGCAGAAAUGAUGAAGACAUUUAAUCACCGUGAAUCUCCACAUUGCCGUGAUGGCAGUGAUUCGAUCAUCUCCCCCCUGUCCGACCUCUCCACCCACUUUUCUGUUACAUCGCCGAUCAGCACCGCCAUCAAAGACUCACCCGCCGCUCUUUUCCCCAUUGGGCCCAGUUCCUUCGAAGGCCACAAACGCAAUGCCUCGUCUCACUCAACACUGCCGAACACCGGAUCGUCUGCGCAGUCUAACUCGUCGUUCUCUGACGAUUCCCUGGACUCUGCCUCAUCCUGUUAUAGUCGCAGGUCAUCCCUAACUAGUCUGGGGUCCGAAUAUUCUGGCUGUUAUAAAUCGGCUGACGCCUUCUCAAUCUCGAACCCCGUUGCUGCGGGUGUAUUUGACGACUCCGCAUCUGUGCGACAUGCUCCGACCAGGUCAAAAACGAUAAAAAAGAAACCUUCGAUCGCUCAGGUCAAAAACAAGCCUCUGCCGUUGGAACCCCCUAUUCAACUGACACCUUUGACCGUGCGGCCGAAGAAGACUCCACCCCCUCUGCAGCUGCGCGGACGUUCUUCUUCAUCGACUUCUGAAGAUUCUGACACAAUGCCAAUUGCAAUUCCAAGACGUUCGCCAGGAAAUAAGCAGCGCCAUAAUCGGACAUUCUCCCAGGCCGCCGACGAUCUCGAGGACGUUCUUGCUCAAAUCUCCGUGCAGCAGCCUUUCCGAGUUCUGGAUGCCCCUCUGCAGAUCAGCAGAGGAAAUGGAGACAUGAUCGCGACCCGGCCCGCACCCCGACCUCCUGUUUCUCAGCGACCACAAAAAAGCCCUCCGUCCUCGAAAUUUCUGUCGGGCGCUGACGACAUGAAGCAAUUCAAGAAGUCAAAAUCAUCCAAAAUGCCUUUUUCGUUUUUCUCCCGUAAGCAGGAUCGCCAUCAUAAGCACGUCCGCUCUAUGAGCUCGACAUUGGCAGAUGUCGAGGCGUCCAAACCCCAAGACAUUAUGGAAGUUUCCCGCGAAAUGGAGGCCGAUGAUACCAUCGCCGAGCUCCCUGGCUCUGAAACAAUGCCGAGGCCAUCAUCUUGGGGAAGUGAAAGGGAAAUGCGACAGAAACUACCUCGCCUACAAACAAAGAAGACGGAGCAACCAACUUCUCCCGGUUUCACUGAACAAACAAUCAAAAAAGACCAGCGCAAUUCUACGGAAUCCAAAAAAUUGCCCAAGGACCACGAGAAUGUCUUUGAAGAAAAGAUCUUCAUUUCCACCAGCAGACCGUCGAGACGGGCAUCGACUAGAUACGCUUUACCCUACCAGAUGGGUCCUAUCCAAUUGCCUGGUAUGAUAUAUGAGCUCGAUGCUGGCCCUCCAGUGACUGCGCCUGCUGGUGCUGGUGCUGCUCGUGCCACGAGGCCCGUCUCUUUGGGCUAUUUGCCUAAGAAUGUGCCAGAAAAGGUCGUUCUCAUGAUUCUGGAAAGCGCUAAUUCCCUGGAUGACCUUUUUAACCUUGCUGUUGUUAACAGACAAUUUUAUAAAGUCUUCAAGCAAAAGGAACUAUACCUUAUCAAACAAACCGUCUUCAAAAUGUCUCCUCCCGCGUGGGAACUGCGCGAGAUGAGUCCUCCGUGGAACAGCGAGUGGCAGGUUCUGCUGGAUCCCGAUGCUCAAGUUCCCGAAUACACACCCACCCUCUACCUCCGACGAUAUGCUCAGGAUAUCUACACACUGGCCCAACUCAAGUCGCUCAUUCUCGCUCGUUGCAAUACAUUCCUUCGCCAGGAUACAAUUCGCGGUCUCGCCGGUCUUGACAUUGACCGUGCUGCAGAAAUCGACGAUGCUUUCUGGCGAAUCUGGACUUUCUGCCGAAUUUUUGGUUGCGCCAAGGGUAGAGAAAAUGACAUUAUGGGUCAAGUCGACUGGUUGAACGGUGGUGUCUUGGCCAUGAACCCGCAGAACUCGACGAUCGUCUCCGUCGCUGAAACGUUUGGUAUGAACAAUGUUUUGUUUGAGCCCCCUGCUGGUUUUGGAAAGGGAAACUCGGGCGGUCUAUCCCAGCAGCAGCUGUAUGAUAUGACUGAAAUCUGGACCUGCUUGAGUGUCUUGCUCCAGCCAGUUCAUGAAAAGCAUGCCGAGGCACGGCGAGUCGGAAUCUUUGAUGGUUUCGACAUUAGACAAGGCGACAGCCCUAGAGAAGAGUCAGUAUUAGAGGAGUGGACUGCAUAUGCACUUACUCUUGGACUCUCGGCAGCCUUGUGCCUUAGCUCCAUUUGCCCGAUUGUCAACGCCUCAGAGGUCUUCCAAAAGGCCCAAGCCGUCGGAAUGACCAAGUGGGAGCCUUGUGAGCCAGGCACUAGCCGCUCCUCGUUCCUCAAAGAGGCUUUAUCCAAGGCUUAUAGAGAACGCGACGCAGUUGUGCUGCCUCAGCAGCAGCAAACGGCCUUUUCAGACUACGGCUCGUGGUCCCGUUCCUCCUCCAGUCAGGGCUCUCGAUCAAGCGCCAGUUCCUACGACUCGGAGCUUCGCCAGAGACAAAAUGCUCUUGCUGAUGAAAUUCGAAACCAGCGUCCCCAGCAGUUGCAGUUACGCCCCCCGGGACCGACUUCAUUUUCUGAUGAACGUCCCAUUUCUAACUACAGCGUGAUCAUGAACAACCUCGACGGUCGUUCGCAUCAGCAAAAAUACCCUCCAUUGCCCACGCCUCGAAUGCAGGGAUCUCACCUCACCCCGAUUUACCAGGCACCUUUGCACAACCCAUACUUUGUCGCCCCCCCAGUCAUGCCUAUCUGCCCACCCCAAGUCCUCGACCCUGUUGACCGAGCCAUCGACAUGAUGGUCCACGAGCUCGGCUUCCAGGAGAAAGACGCAAAGUGGGCAUUGAAGAUCACCGACACCGGAGAGGGCAUCGACGUCAACGCCGCCGUCGCCCUGCUCUACACCGAAUACAGAAAACGUCAGCACAAACAGCGCUUCUCGCGAAAGCAAAGGCGUGACACUCUCCUCACACCCGCUGCCGCUCAAAACACCUCUACCAACUGGAAAUGGGCUUAA